UCCUUUAACUUUUCUUGUGUCGAUCCAGACUUCUUUGCUUACUUCUUCAUGUUGAUUAGGCUGCCUCUACUGCGUCACCAGCUAGGGCCACGUGCUUUCUCUUCGAGCUGCCGUCGAGAGAAGCAGCGUCUGGUAAUCCUUGGGUCUGGGUGGGGAGGAUACGAGGUGCUUCGCGGAGUGGAUAAGAAAAGAUGGGAUGUGGUCCUGGUAUCCCCGAAUAAUUACUUCAAUUUUACGCCCCUGCUAGCUAGUUGUGCAGUCGGGACACUCGAAUUCCGUUGCGCAAUUGAACCCGUUCGCAGAUACUCUCCAGCUGCUGGCAUCUAUCAAGCGUGGUGUGACAGCAUAGAUUUUAGAAAUAAGGUGUUACAGUGUAUGCCUGCAACAAAACCAAGUCACGUCGCGUCUCCUAGUGACACCACCUACGACCACCAGAUAUCGACCACUAGUCCAAGGAGCGGGUUAUCCUUCCCCCUAAAAUACGAUAAACUUGUCAUUGCUGUGGGUGCAUAUUCACAAACUUUUAACAUUCCAGGUGUUAAAGAACACGCACACUUCUUGAAGGAUGUACGCGACGCGCGAGCAAUUCGAAGCCGAAUUUUGGAGUUCCCAGGUUUUGAACAGGCUAAUCAGCCAACUCUCUCCGAUACGGAACGUCGACAGUUAUUGAACUUUGUUAUAGUAGGAGCAGGGCCGACUGGAGUGGAAUUUGCUGCAGAACUGCAUGAUUUAUUGCACGCCGAAAUUUGGGAGCACUAUCCCUCUUUAGCUAAAAUGGCUCGAAUCAACCUCUACGACGUCGCGCCAAGCAUCUUGGGAAUGUUCGACAGUAAUCUUGUGCAAUAUGCCGAAAAAAGUUUCCGUAGAGAAGGUAUCAGUAUUUGGACAAGUCAUCACGUUGAUAAGGUUGAAUCGGGCAAACUUUUUAUCAAAGAGCAAGGGGAAGUCCCAUACGGUUUACUCGUAUGGUCAACGGGUCUUUCCCCGAAUCCUCUCAUUGCUUCAAUUACUGAAUUCAAGAAGCACCAAAAAAGCCAAAGUAUCAUCGCAGAUGAUCAUCUGAACGCCCUAAGAAUUGAUGGUACGCCUGAUCCCGACGUCUACGUGAUUGGCGAUGCGGCCUCCAUUGCAACCGGCGUUCUUCCUGCUACCGCGCAAGUUGCCAAUCAACAGGCCAAAUACCUUUACAAAAGGCUCAACAAGAUCAUUAAAGAUCAACCCCAUGAAAAGCCGUUUGAAUUCCAUAACCAAGGAACUUUGGCUUAUGUAGGUAACUGGAAAGCCAUUUAUGACAGGCCGGAAGAGGGAGGUCUACCGGGGCUGAAUAAAGAGAAGGGGCGUCUUGCCUGGCUGCUUUGGAGAUCGGCGUACUUUACGCAGACUUUGAGUGUCAGAAAUAAGAUUUUAGUCCCCUUUUAUUGGUUCCUUAAUUGGAUAUUUGGACGCGAUUUGACACGCUUCUAACAACAUCUACGAAACGCCUUUUUUAUGCAAGGCAUUCACAUUCACAACCGCAACAGAGAAAUUCUCUGCGUCGAAGAGAUUUCUCCU